CAAGCCAAACGGCGUCCAUCCGCGUCGAGUGUUCUCCUCCUCUUGCAAAACCUUCUCAAAACCCUAAAGCAGGGCUUCUCCCCUUUCCUCAAUCCUCCUGAAUCAAUCGAAAUUCUGUCUCUCUCUGAGAUGAAGAGGCCCAAAUCCAAUAACCGCCAUCAAGCUCGCCUCUCCGAGUCGAAGGAAAUCCAACUCCUUAAUUCAUGGCUCGAAUCCCAGAAACCCGAAUCGGGUUCAAAUCCACUUUCUCUCCCUCCGCCCACUUCCGACGCUCCGAUGCCCGGCCCCGUCGUCAACGGCGAAUUCCCGCCUUAUGCAGGGGCUACUCGCUUCGACCAGCUCCCCAUCUCUCGCCAUACGAAAGACGGCGUGGCCUCCAAGAAGUACACCGUGAUGAGCGCUAUCCAGCGCGCCUCGCUGCCCCACUCGUUGUGCGGCCGAGAUGUGCUCGGGGCCGCUAAGACUGGGUCUGGAAAGACGCUCGCUUUCAUCAUUCCGGUUUUAGAGAAGUUGUACCAGGCAAGAUGGGGUCCUGAGGAUGGGGUAGGUUGCAUUAUAAUGUCCCCCACCAGGGAAUUAGCAGCACAGCUCUUUGAGGAAUUGAAAAUUGUAGGGAAGAACCAUGGUUUUAGUGCAGGCCUUCUAAUUGGUGGCCGUGGUGGUAAAGAUGUUGAUGAAGAGAAGGCUCAUGUCAAUGAUCUGAACAUCUUGGUGUGUACGCCUGGACGGCUUCUUCAGCACAUGGAUGAGACUGAGAAUUUUGAUUGUUCACAGCUCCAGAUCUUGGUGCUUGAUGAGGCAGACCGUAUUCUUGACACAGGAUUUAAGAAGGCUUUAAAUGCAAUUAUUUCCCAGCUCCCAAAAAGGCGCCAGACAUUCCUUUUCUCUGCAACUCAGACAAAGUCAGUUCAGGAUCUUGCGAGGCUUAGUCUGCAAGAUCCCGAGUAUAUCAGUGUGCAUGCAGAGUCUCUGUCAGCCACCCCCAAACGUCUGCGGCAAUAUAUGAUGAUUGUUCCUCUUGAACAGAAGUUAGACAUGCUGUGGAGCUUCAUAAAAACACAUCUUAAUUCAAAGAUACUUGUCUUUCUUUCGAGCUGUAAGCAGGUGAAAUUCGUCUAUGAAGCAUUUAAGAAGCUGCGCCCAGGAAUUCCUCUGAAGUGCUUACAUGGGCGGAUGAAACAAGAGCGGAGGAUGGGCAUAUAUUUCCAGUUCUGUGAGAAGCGUUCAGUUCUCUUUUCAACAGAUGUCGCAGCAAGAGGCCUGGACUUUCCUGCAGUUGAUUGGGUUGUCCAGGUUGAUUGUCCAGAAGACACCGCAGCGUACAUUCAUAGAGUUGGUCGCACUGCUCGUUUCACUUCAGAAGGGUCCUCUAUCUUAUUCCUAACACCUUCGGAACAGGAAAAGAUGCUUGAGAAUCUAAAAGUGGCUAAAAUAACAUUACAUCCUCGAACACCAAAAACAGACAGAAUGCAGUCAGUUUCUGGAUUGCUGUCAGCACUACUGGUCAAGUACCCAGACAUGCAGUAUUUAGCUCAAAGGGCCUUCAUCACAUAUUUGAGGUCUAUAUAUUUGCAGCGGGAUAAAGAAGUCUUUGAUGUGUUGAAGUUGCCUAUAGAAGAGUUUGCAGCAUCAUUGGGUCUGCCCAUGACCCCGAAAAUCCGUUUUUUGAACCAGAAAGCUAAGGGCAAAACAAGACCACCAAAAGAAGCCCCACCUGAACAAGAGGACAACUUCGAGGAGAAUGAAUUGAAGGAUGAUGUCAAGGUCCCUGAAAGAAAGCUGAAAAUGGUCAAAUCUGUGGAAGAAGCUGAAAAUGACAUCCUUUUAGCAAAGGGAGAGACCUUAUUAGAAAAUGAACCAGCAGUUUCAGCAACCAGGAUUUUGAAGAAGAAGAAGCUGAAAAUCAACAUGCACAGACCAGUCGGAACGAGGGUUGUCUUUGAUGAGGAAGGCAAUAUGCUUCCACCGCUUGCUGCUUUAGCUGAUAUGGAGAGCAGGGAUGGGGUGCUUCAGCUCGACAAAGUGAAAGAGCGGUACAAGAAGCUGAAGGAAGAGAUGAAGCUGCAGGACCAGGAAGACAAGCUUCUCAACAAGCAGCGUCUGCGGGAGAGACGGACAAAGGAAAAGAUGAAAUGGAAGAGAGGAAGAGAGGAAGAGGAAGAAGAAGACGAAGACAAAGAGGAGUUUGGGUCUGAUAGAAAAUCCGGCAAUGGCAACGCCAAGAGAUCGAAGAUAUAUUUUGAGAGUGACAGUGAUGGUGAGGGUGAGAAGAAAGGAAAGAAAGAUGCGGGAAUUGCUGCUGAUUCUAUUUCUAUUGCUGAGCAAGAAGCACUGGCCCUUAAGUUAUUGAGUUCCAUGCACUCAUAGGUAUUGAAAUUCGUUGGAUGACGAAGCUCGUGUAGUAUAUCAAUGUGAGACAUGUGGCCUAUUUCUACUUCUGUAGUUUCUCCCCGCCCAUCUUCUUAGUCCUUUAUGGCCUGUCAUGAGAUCAUUUUGGGCACUUCUGCUACUGGGGAAAAGGCAUCGUGUCAUUCCUACUCGUCUCA